GGGAGGUGGCCAGAGGGCUGGGCCCUACAUGUGUAAGGUAGCCCAGCGGGGGGCUGGGCCCCACAGGUGUCAGGCAGCCCUGGAGGUGGCUGAGUCGCUGCCCCACCCCCCACAGGUGUAAGGUAGCCUGGAGGGGGGCUGGGUCGCUGGGCUCCUUCCACAGCUUCCCCUGGGGCGGGCAUCAGCCCAGAUGUGAGCAGCUGCGGAACGUUUCCACACCGCAAGCAGCCUCAUUAGCUCCCGGGCUGGGGCGGGGGGUUCCCGGCACCAGCCACAGCAGCCACGCCGGCUCGAGCCUGGCUGGGGCCCCUUUGCCCGCAGGUGAAGCCGCCCCCCUCCAGGAUCGGUGUAAAAACCUAACCCGGCCGCUCCUCCGGGCUGCGACAGCGCAGCCAGCGUGUGAACGAACCAGCUCCCGCCAAGGCAACCUGCGCUGGCAUCCGCCCGCCACCGCCAGCCACACGCGAGCCUCCCUAUCAGCCUCCCAUCAGCUGCCGGCCGGGCGCAUAAAAGCCGCCGCCGCCGCCAGGGGAGAGCUCACAACGCGCUGCCUGCAGCCUGCCGCCGGGUUCCCCCUGCUGUGGAGGAAGAAAACUACACACGGGGCCCCAUGCAGCCCGCAAUGAUGAUGUUCUCCAGUAAAUACUGGGCCAGGAGAGGGCUCUCCCUCGACUCAGCCGUGCCCGGGGAGCACCCAGGACUCAGCAACCUGACACCAAACCGAGCCAAUUCUGGUAAAAAUGAUGAGAAGAAAGGGAAUAAAGGAAACAGCAAAAGUGAAUCAGUUUCUGAAAGCGGAAAGACUGCUGUAGUGUUUUCCUUGAAAAAUGAAGUUGGUGGAUUAGUGAAAGCUCUCAGGCUCUUCCAGGAGAAGCAUGUGAGUAUGGUUCACAUUGAAUCAAGAAAAUCCAAGAGGAGGAAUUCAGAGGUAGAAAUUUUUGUGGAAUGUGACUGCAGUAAGAAAGAAUUUAAUGAACUAAUUCAGUUGCUAAAGUUUCAGACUAACAUCGUAACUCUUAAUCCACCAGAGAACAUCUGGACUGAUGAAGACGAACUUGAUUGUGUCCCUUGGUUCCCCAGGAAGAUUGCUGAAUUAGACAAAUGCUCGCAGAGAGUUCUAAUGUAUGGCUCUGAGCUGGAUGCAGAUCACCCAGGAUUUAAGGACAAUGUAUAUCGACAGAGAAGAAAGUAUUUUGUGGAUGUUGCCAUGAGUUAUAAAUAUGGUCAACCCAUUCCCAGGGUGGAGUACACAGCUGAAGAAAUUAAAACUUGGGGGACAGUAUUCAGGGAACUCACAAAACUCUAUCCCACUCAUGCUUGUCGUGAAUAUUUAAAAAACUUCCCUUUGCUGACCAAGUACUGUGGUUAUAGAGAGGAUAAUGUACCCCAACUGGAAGAUGUUUCUAUUUUUCUUAAAGAAAGGUCUGGCUUCACGGUGAGACCAGUUGCUGGAUAUCUAUCUCCUCGAGAUUUUUUAGCAGGAUUAGCCUAUAGAGUUUUUCACUGCACUCAAUAUGUACGGCAUGGCUCUGACCCUCUCUACACGCCAGAACCAGAUACGUGCCAUGAACUCCUGGGGCAUGUGCCUCUACUGGCUGAUCCCAAGUUUGCCCAGUUUUCACAAGAAAUAGGACUGGCCUCACUGGGAGCAUCUGAUGAAGAAGUUCAGAAACUAGCUACUUGCUAUUUUUUUACUAUCGAAUUUGGCCUUUGCAAGCAAGAGGGACAGCUACGUGCUUACGGGGCAGGACUCCUGUCUUCUAUUGGCGAAUUAAAGCAUGCUUUGUCUGACAAGGCCAGUGUGAGAACAUUUGAUCCAAAGACAACUUGCUUGCAAGAAUGCCUUAUCACCACUUUUCAGGAAGCUUACUUUGUCUCAGAAAGUUUUGAAGAAGCCAAAGAAAAGAUGAGGGACUUUGCAAAAUCAAUCAACCGUCCCUUUUCAGUGUAUUUCAACCCAUACACGCAAAGCAUUGAAAUUCUGAAAGACACCAGAAGUAUAGAAAACGUUGUCCAGGACCUUCGGAGUGAUCUGAACACGGUGUGUGAUGCUUUAAGCAAAAUGAACAGAUAUUUGGGCAUUUGAUGUCUGUGGCACUGUAGCUUUUCUAUCCACUGCUGCUUCUAUGGCUAUGCUAGCAACAUCAUGUGCUCCAGCUUUAGAACCAUCCAUCUUCCCUCUGCAGCUUGAUCAGCGACUUGCAUCGUUGUGUAUUUCUAAUUGUAACUUGCAGACGAAACAAGGCGAUGCUAACUUGCAAACUCAACAAGAAAUGUGGUGGCAUAUAACCAGCAAUUCCAUAAGAGAAUGUCAUGUACAAAUACACUAUUAAAAGCUUACCUGGCAAUGA